AUGAUUUGGUCAAUGCUGAAGCCAUCGCUGACAAAAACAUUUGAAUUGGUGAAGGUUAAAUGUGCCCUGGAGUCGCAAUUGGGCGAAACGAAAGCACAAAACGAACAGUUACUAGAUGAUUUGCAGCUAUGCAAGGAUGCGAAAUUGAAACUCGAAGUCAAAAUGCAAGCAAUGCGAUAUCAAUUCGAACGAGAGCUCAAAGCUAAGGAGGAGCAUGUUGAGGAGAAAAAUCGAGCCUUUGUGAAGCAAUUGAGAAAUUUGGUAGCGGGCAUGGAUGUGGACCGUAAUCAGCGAAAUGCUCCUGUGACAGCCAAAAAGAAAUUGGAAAGCGAUCUUAAGGAGUUGAACCCCAUCAUGCAGAUGCAUAACAUGGAUGCAUUGCGUGAGGUCAAAGAAGCCAAAGCCGGCAAGGAAGAACUUAAGACAUCCAGUAAGAAGAUAGAACGUGAAGUCGAAGCUUUGGAGGCCGAAGUUAAUCAGCUCACCGAAGAGUUAGCCGGCUGGGAGAGAGCACGAAGGGAGGAUAACAACGAACUGAAUGAAAAAACAACCAUCUGGCUGGCAGACGAUUCACAGCAGCAAGUUCAACACACCUUAGCCACGGAUAUAGUAUUUAGCCAGAGCCGUAAUGGAGUUACUAGUAAUGCCAGACGAAACGAGGACGUGCUCUUUGCUUUGACUUGA